GCAAAAUUCAAAAUUGAAUCUUUUUGCUAUUGGUGUGUUCUCACAUAGACGAACAUGAACUAACCACUCUCAAGUAUGGCAAUUUGCAUGUCAUGCGUGAGAAAAGCGCAAUUUGCCAUAUUUGCCGCAAAGUGAAUUGUCAUUCAGGAGGAAAGUGUCGACGAUUUCGUUAACAAGACAACAAUAAAGAAAAUGGCACUUUUGAGUGAAAAUUCAGGAAGAUCCUUACCUGAUUACGAGACACAAGCAACAAAAAUGAAAAGUUUUAGUCCGUACGCUGACAAUGGAGGGAGUGUCAUAGCUCUUGCAGGAAAUGACUUUUGCGUGAUAGCAGCGGACACACGUCUUAGUACUGGGUUUUCCAUUUAUACGCGUGAACAACAAAAGCUCUUCCCUUUGUCAUCUAAAACUAUUUUGGGUUGCUCAGGUUGUUGGUGCGACACACUUACUUUGACCCGACUUUUAACUGCAAGAAUGCAGAUGUAUGAACAUGAGCAUCAGAAGGAAAUGCCAACAUUAGCGGUUGCACAAAUGCUAUCAACAAUGUUGUAUUACAAACGUUUCUUUCCUUAUUAUGUGAGCAACAUUCUUGGUGGAUUAGAUGAGGAUGGUAAAGGUUGCGUAUAUAGUUAUGAUCCCAUUGGACAUUGUGAAGUAACAAAGUAUAGAGCAGGGGGUUCUGCUGGAGCCCUUUUGCAACCUUUGCUGGACAAUCAGAUUGGAUAUAAAAAUCAAGAAGGUGUUGAGCCUGUUGCUUUAACUCAAGAAAAAGCUGUUGCAAUUAUAAAGGAUGUUUUCACAUCAGCAGCAGAAAGAGAUAUUUACACUGGUGAUUCUAUAAAUAUCAAAAUUAUAACAAAAGAUGGUGUACAGGAUUCAACCUUUGAAUUAAGAAAAGAUUAAUGAACCAAGGUAAAAUUUAUGUAUUAUCAAAUUUUAAUAUGAAUAAAGUUAACGCUAAAAAAGUA